CGCCUCCGCCGCCCCCGGCGCCAUGGCGUGCAGCCUCAAGGACGAGCUGCUCUGCUCCAUCUGCCUGAGCAUCUACCAGGACCCGGUGAGCCUGGGCUGCGAGCACUACUUCUGCCGCCGCUGCAUCGCCGAGCACUGGCUGCGGCAGGAGGCGCAGGGCGCCCGCGACUGCCCCGAGUGCCGGCGGACCUUCGCCGAGCCCGCCUUCGCGCCCAGCCUCAAGCUGGCCAACAUCGUGGAGCGCUACCGCGCCUUCCCGCUGGACGCCAUCCUCAGCGCGCGCCGCGCCGCGCGCCCCUGCCAGGCGCACGACAAGGUCAAGCUCUUCUGCCUCACGGACCGCACGCUGCUGUGCUUCUUCUGCGACGAGCCCGCGCUGCACGAGCAGCACCAGGUCACCGGCAUCGACGAUGCCUUCGAGGAGCUGCAGAGGGAGCUGAAGGAGCAGCUUCAGGCCCUCCAGGACAGCGAGCGGGAGCACACGGAGGCGCUGCAGCUGCUCAAGCGACAGCUGGCGGAGAACAAGUCCUCCACCAAAAGCCUGCGGACCACCAUCGGCGAGGCGUUCGAGCGGCUGCACCGGCUGCUGCGGGAGCGGCAGAAGGCCAUGCUGGAGGAGCUGGAGGCCGACACCGCGCGCACACUCACUGACAUCGAGCAGAAGGUCCAGCGCUACAGCCAGCAGCUGCACAAGGUGCAGGAGGGCGCCCAGAUCCUGCAGGAGCGGCUGGCCGAGACCGACCGGCACACCUUCCUGGCCGGGGUGGCCUCCCUGUCCGAGAGGCUCAAAGGGAAAAUCCAUGAGAGUAAUCUGACGUAUGAGGACUUUCCAACCUCCAAGUACACAGGCCCCCUGCAGUACACCAUCUGGAAGUCCCUGUUCCAGGAUAUCCACCCAGUGCCGGCCGCGCUGACCCUGGACCCGGACACCGCCCACCAGCGCCUGAUCCUGUCCGACGACUGCACCAUCGUGGCCUACGGCAACCUGCACCCGCAGCCGCUGCAGGACUCGCCCAAGCGCUUCGACGUGGAGGUGUCAGUGCUGGGCUCCGAGGCCUUCAGCGGCGGCGUCCACUACUGGGAGGUGGUGGUGGCGGAGAAGACGCAGUGGGUGAUCGGGCUGGCCCACGAGGCCGCCACCCGCAAGGGCAGCAUCCAGAUCCAGCCCAGCCGCGGCUUCUACUGCAUCGUCAUGCACGACGGCAACCAGUACAGCGCCUGCACGGAGCCCUGGACGCGGCUCAACGUCCGCAACAAACUGGACAAGGUGGGCGUCUUCCUCAACUACGACCAGGGCCUGCUCAUCUUCUACAAUGCCGACGACAUGUCCUGGCUCUACACCUUCCGCGAGAAGUUCCCGGGGAAGCUCUGCUCCUACUUCAGCCCCGGGCAGAGCCACGCCAACGGCAAGAACGUACAGCCCCUGCGGAUCAACACCGUCCGCAUCUGACGCCGCCGAAGGACACGGGGGCACCAGGGCCCUGGCCACCCGUGGGAGCCCCGCCCAGGAGACGGGAGGCCUGGACUCCAGCCGCCGGCCAGCCUGAGAUCUCUGUCUACCCCUCUGCCUGCCUUUCUUUGUCUGUAAGAUGGAGGUUGUGCUCCACGAUUCCUAAACCUUCUUUCAGCAUCGAUGUCCUUCAGCUCUGACCUUGAUGGAGAGGCAUCUUUGGCCCAGGAGUGUGACAUGGCUUCUCAGGGCUGCCCCUGCCCAACCCUCAUCCCCAUCCUCUCAGGGGCAGGGCUCCGUCUCCCUGUACCUCCCUCCUGCCUGCGUGCCCUAACUUCGGGACAUGUCAGCGUGGUUGCCGGCAGUUGGCAGCUCAGAAGAUACUCAGAACCCUCUUGGGCUCCCAGGCCUAAGACUGUCCCUGACCAAGCUAGUGAUGGGCCAUUUUACCCGUGACCCCAGCCCCCAGUGGACACAGGCAGUAGCUGGACCUAGCAUGGCCUCAAAACCACUCUCUCCUUCCUCCUCCGGACCAAGAGCAUUAUGGUUCUUGCUUUUCCAACUUCUCUGCGGGUAAAGACGGUGGUGGCCUGUGGACGGCAGCCAGUAGCUGAGCCGAUGAUGAGGCUUGGAGAAGGGUCCAGCCUGACCUCUGUGACUGGCUAGAGGUGUGGAGCAGGCUGCAGGGAGCAGCUGUUUUCAUCAGGACCCGAGUACUGGAAUGGGCUGCUGGCUGGGCCCUCUCGUCAGACUUGGCGACUAUCUCCGUUAAGAUCCUGAUGUAGAAACAAAAGCUGCCGUAGCUCGUUUAACUAGACAGGAUUUAUUACCGGGCCCCUGAUGGCUUUACAAAAUCAUUGGAGGGGCUGAAGGAGCAAGCACUUUGCUGAAUUUCCAGGAACAGCUCCCAGCUGCCAGAUUCAUCGUGUCUCUCCUGACACUGCUUCCGGAAGCCGCUGACUGCAGAACUGUGCUCCCUCUGCUACGCUUCCCAGCAAAUGGAUGUCCUGAGGCCUGCCUUCUCCCACUCAAUUCAGUUCCCACCGCCAAGCCUCCAUGAGGGAUUCUAUGUGGGGAAUUAGAAAUCAGGUCCAAAACCUUGGCUGCAAGGGAGUCUGGGGAAUGUAGUUUUCUUUCUAGCCUCAGCCAUACAAAAAGGCCCCUUAGAAGGACACUAAAAUGGAUGUUGAAGAAGCCCUGCAUGAUUUUUGCCACGAGUGUGCGUCCAGAUCUUGGCUUUGAAGCAACACCUUUCCUGUUCCAUGCCGAGUCCCUGCCCAGGGACAGGAGCCCAGAAGGUGGGCCUGCAGGACCAGGCUGAAAUGCGUCUCCAGCUUAGACUUUUCUUCCUAGGUCUGGGGCCUACAUUCUGAACUUGGAGUCUCUGACUACACCCAUCCCAAAGGAGCCAGACUAGCUGAACUUGGGGGGCUCUCACCUCACAACUGCUGCCCACUGGGCCUCUCAUGGGAGUCCUUAGUCUCACCCAACCCCUUCAUUUGGGCCACCCCCAGCAGUAUUUUUAUUUUAAAUGUUGCCCAUUUUGUGAGUUAUGGUGAAUUUGUACUAAAUUAAAGUUACGGGAUACCAGUG